AUAACUAAACUAAAAUGGACCCGAUUAACGGAAAUAUGGAACAAAGCUGGGAAAUCCACUAAAUCUGGUACCAUUUUUACUUGCCAAUUGAAAAUAUUUUUUACCCUUGUUGGUUCAAUCUCUACAAAAUAUAAGUUACAGGGCAGCUGCUCGCCGAUUCUCCCUCUUCAAAGCCGCCGGCAAUUUUCCUGUGAAACAAACUAGUAAAAGGGAGAAAACCCAUCUGAAAAUGAAUACCGUGAAUCUGGGUUCGUGGGUUCAGACCUGCUUCGUCUCUAACCAAGCAACUAGAUCCAGAUCCAUACCCAUACCCAGAUCCUCAACUUUUAGUCCUUUCAAAAGAUUCGGUCUGCCGGUGGUGGCGUUCCCAACAAAAUCCCGUCCUGUUUCUUCUGUUCCUUUUAUCUCUUCUGUCCUUACCAGGGAAGAUACCAUCAAGGAAGAAGAGCAAGACCCACAUAAACCUACCUUUGAUUUCAAAUCCUAUAUGGUCCAAAAGGCGAACUCUGUCAAUCAAGCCCUGGACGCUGCCGUUUCGCUCCGGGAGCCUUUGAAGAUCCACGAAGCAAUGCGCUACUCGCUCUUGGCUGGGGGGAAGCGCGUGAGACCGGUGCUCUGUCUAGCGGCGUGUGAGCUCGUCGGCGGGCAGGAAUCCGCGGCCAUGCCGGCUGCUUGUGCCGUCGAGAUGAUCCAUACCAUGUCGCUAAUCCACGACGACCUCCCCUGUAUGGAUAACGAUGAUCUUCGCAGAGGAAAACCCACAAAUCACAAAGUCUUUGGCGAGGAUAUCGCUGUCUUGGCCGGAGACGCGCUUCUCUCUUUUGCAUUCGAGCACAUGUCAGCAUCCACUAUUGGUGUCACGCCGGAACGAAUUGUGCGUGCUGUAGGGGAAUUAGCGAAAUCAAUUGGAACGGAAGGGCUGUCAUCAACCUCAAUGAAGCGUGCAGGUGAACAGCCCAUCAACUUCAAUAAAACAUACGGGUGGAACAGGCCACCAACUUCAAUGAGGCGCACAGCCACAAGGGCAGCUGCUUGCCGAAUCUCCCUCUUCAAAGCGGCCGGGAAUUUUCCUGUGAAACAAACUAGUAAAAGGAAGAAAACCCAUCUGAAAAUGAAUACUGUGAAUCUGGGUUCGUGGGUUCAGACCUGCUUCGUCUCUAACCAAGCAACUAGAUCCAGAUCCAUGCCCAUACCCAGAUUCUCAACUUUUGGUCCUUUCAAAAGAUUCGGUCUGCCGGUCGUGGCGUUCCCAACAAAAUCCCGUCCUGUUUCUUCUGUUCCUUUUAUCUCUUCUGUCCUCACCAGGGAAGAUACCAUCAAGGAAGAAGACCAAGACCCACAAAAACCUUCCUUUGAUUUCAAAUCUUAUAUGGUCCAAAAGGUGAAUUCUGUCAAUCAAGCCCUGGACGCUGCCGUUUCGCUCCGAGAGCCUUUGAAGAUCCACGAAGCAAUGCGCUACUCGCUCUUGGCUGGGGGGAAGCGCGUGAGACCGGUGCUCUGUCUAGCGGCGUGUGAGCUCGUCGGCGGGCAGGAAUCCACGGCCAUGCCGGCUGCUUGUGCCGUCGAGAUGAUCAAUACCAUGUCGGUAAUCCAGGACGACCUCCCCUGUAUGGAUAACGAUGAUCUUCGCCGAGGAAAACCCACAAAUCACAAAGUCUUUGGCGAGGAUAUCGCUGUCUUGGCCGGAGAUGCGCUUCUCUCUUUUGCAUUCGAGCACAUGUCAGCAUCCACUAUUGGUGUCACGCCGGAACGAAUUUUGCGUGCUGUAGGGGAAUUAGCGAAAUCAUUUGGAACGGAAGGGCUGGUGGCUGGUCAAGUUGUGGACAUAAGCAGUGAGGGGCUUGCAGAUGUGGGGUUGGAUCAUCUAGAGUUCAUACACAUACAUAAAACCGCAGUCUUGCUUGAAAGCUCGGCGGUUCUUGGGGCGAUUCUGGGAGGUGGGUCGGAUGAGGAGGUGGAAAAGUUGAGAACAUUUGCCAGGAACAUUGGGCUUUCGUAUCAGGUGGUGAAUGAUAUUCUAGAUGUGACAAAGUCAUCACAAGAAUUGGGGAAGACCGCCGGCAGGGAUUUGGUAUUGGAUAAGGCUACAUAUCCAAAGCUGAUGGGAAUAGAGAAGUCCAAACAGUUUGCAGAGAAGCUGAAGAAUAAUGCAGUGGUGCAACUCCAAGGGUUUGACAUGGACAAGGCGGCGCCUUUGAUUGCUUUAGCUAAUUACAUUGCUUACAGGCAGACCUAGUUUGUUGUUCUAUAAUCUGAAACUCUUCGCUUUUUUGAAGUGGGAAUCUGGACACAUUCUCCUUAUUGUUAAGAGGAAAUUCUGAAUAAAAGAAGCAGACUACGUAUUGUUCUACAGGGUAUCGUUCUAAAUUAGGUUUUCUCUCUUUCUCUCUUUUAUUAUUAUUUUAUUUUAUUCCUGCUUGUCAUGCUGCAGACUCUUGAAUGAAAUGAAUAUUGCUGU